AUGGAUGAGGAGCAAGACAGCGAGGAUGUUGCCGUCAAGCACCUCAAAAAGCACAUCGAUACUCUGGGACCUGAAGUAUACGCCAUCCAUGUAUCGCCGGACGGUGAAUUGGUCUCCGUCUCAACCAACCCCAAAGACGACGAAGCGACGUGUGUGUACUACCCUCCGCUUGAGGCGAUUCAGCGACCCAACCAUGUCAAAACUGUGCUCCGUUCGCAUCUACUCGAGUUGGAUCGACUCACGCCCGAUGUCGACCUUGUUUCCUACAUGCCAUGCACCGACGCAACUGAGCCGACAAGAGCCGUCUUCAAGUACUACUUCCUCAUUCAGUUCCUCCACAGGUUGUGGCACGAGAUGAACAUGUGGAUGCGCCUCCCCACGCAUGCACACAUUGUCCCGUUUGGCCGACUUGUGCUGGACGAGCUACACGGCCGCGUCGUCGGCUUUACAAGUCUCUACAUUCCUGGCGGCACCAUACGUCAGAAUAAGGCGCGUGUAUUUGAGCUCGAGUGGCUCCGGCAGCUGACUUGCGUCGUCGACGACUUGAAUCUCAAGUACGGCAUCGCCCACCAGGAUGUCGCGCCGCGGAAUCUUGUCGUCGACCCCAAUACCAACGCCCUCAUGUUAUUCGACUUCAACUACAGUGCCCAGAUAGGCGGCAGUGGGUAUGCAGAGGGCCGGAACGAUGUCAAGGGAGUCAUAUUCACCCUCUACGAAAUCAUCACCCGCGACAUGCAUUUCCGAAACGUUCCAUUCUAUGAACAAGAUCCGGCCGACGUACAAGGGCUGGAGGAAUGGGUACAGCAUCCGGAUGUUAAACUCGAUCACCCUGUUUCGGAAUACCGCUCGGUAUUAAAUGAUUGGGUAGACAAACGACAGAAUGGAAGACAGGUUUCUCAUUAUACAGAAGCAUCCGACUAUAUUGACUGGCCAGAUUUCCCAGAGCCACCCCCAACGGACUUGGUAUUUUCAGAUGGCAAAGGGUAUUCUUAUACUAAAACAGCCGUCCUCCUAACUGGCAUGCGCCGUAAGAUGCGAGAGAAGGGCAUUGCCGUCCUCAAUUGGGAACGUCCUGCGCAGGCCAAGCUUGGGAACGGGGAUCAGGUACUUGCCAAUGGACAGUCUGUACCCAACCCGGAGUGUACAGGGUCGGGUGAACCAAACACCUAG